GCUCGGCGAAGCCCGGUCUCCGGGUAAGAUGGCAGCGGACGGACAGUGCUCGCUCCCCGCUUCAUGGCGGCCGGUGACCCUAACCCACGUCGAAUAUCCUACAGGUGAUCUCUCUGGCCACCUCCUUGCCUACCUGAGCCUCAGCCCUGUGUUUGUCAUUGUUGGUUUCGUGUCCCUCAUCAUAUUCAAGCGGGAGCUGCACACGAUCUCGUUCCUCGGGGGCCUGGCGCUGAACGAGGGGGUCAACUGGCUGAUCAAACACAUCAUACAAGAGCCACGGCCCUGUGGAGGCCCCCACGAGGCAGUGAGCAACAAGUACGGGAUGCCCUCCAGCCAUUCCCAGUUCAUGUGGUUCUUCUCCGUCUACUCCUGCCUUUUCCUGUAUUUAAGAAUGCACCAAACAAACAACGCCAGGUUCCUGGACUUGCUGUGGAGACACGUGCUCUCCCUGGGUCUCGUCACCGCGGCCUUUCUAGUCUCCUAUAGCAGGGUCUACCUGCUGUACCACACGUGGAGCCAGGUGCUCUAUGGGGCCCUUGCUGGGAGCCUCAUGGCCGUCGCCUGGUUCGUCUUCACCCAAGAGGUCCUCACCCCGCUGUUCCCUAGGAUAGCAGCCUGGCCCAUCUCGGAGUUCUUCCUCAUCCGGGACACGAGCCUCAUUCCCAACGUGCUCUGGUUCGAGUACACAGUAACCCGGGCAGAAGCCAGGAACAGACAGCGUAAGCUGGGGACAAAGCUACAGUGACCGUUGAGUGUGGCUGGGUCCAGCCUCUGGAUCUGGGCCGCGUGGCACCUUGCAGGAUGGCCAGAAUGACAGAGGGAUGAAGCAGAGACCUCUACAGACCCAAGUCACCAAGUGGAGCCUUUUUUUUCUUCUUUUAAUUUUAAUGAACAAGGUGGACCAAAGGGCCAAGCCAGCCCCUCAGCCGGGACCCCGGAGGGCCUGCUGCCAGGGGGCCACACGGCCAGAGACCCUCGCUGUGCUGCUGCCGGUCCCUGGUCGGGCGGAGAGCGCCCUCGGCAUGGGCCCCAGGGUGUGGCGCGGAGAGGGGGGCUUGCGCCUCUGGUCGCGGGGCCGGGGAACCCAGGGGGUGUGAGAAAUACACACUAUUUAUUUUUUGGUUUUGUCAAAGGCAGACGGGCUUUUGGAGAAGGGCCGGGAAGGGCCCACCUGCUCUGCCCCGGACACCCUGCACACCGAGGAGGGGCCGCAGUCAGCUUCCCGGGGCCCUGGGCCCGGGGGACAGACCGCCGCUCCCUGGGCCCGAGAGGUGGCCUGGGGGCCCAGGAGAUGAGCACCCCCAUGCCCUCCCUGCCACCAAUGCCAUUCCAGAACUUCGUUCAGUGUUUCCUCGUCUGGGGGCCAGGGCCCAGAGCGCGCGCAUCUGGCGGCUGCUAUCAUUGUUCUCUACCCCAUAUCGACCCUGCACCACAAGGGCUUUCUCCGGUCCCCUGUCCCCAAGACAAUGGUCCCCUUCUGACAAAAGAGCCUGCACAUGUGGGUGAGCAAACCCAGGCUGUUUACAGCUCUUUUUUUUUUUUUUUUUUCCUGUCCUGCCAUCCAGCAGCCAUUAGUUUUCAUCUCCACCCGAACAAAGGGCAGAGGAACCAGGAGCCGGGGGAGGGGAGUGGAGCCGCGGGUGCGUGACGUCCCUGUCCCUCCCCUCCCCUUCCCUUCCCUUCCUUUCCUUCCAUGUGCUCUCAACGCUCCCUUGUCCUUCCUGACGUCUUCCCGAGAGCCGGGGCACCUGCUGGGGCACCCCUAAGCCUGUGUCCGGGGUGCCGGUGCCCAGAUCCCCACCGUGCAGCGUGGGACCCGAUCUCUUAAGCCUAACUCUCAAGGAGAGUUGUGGAGAAGAGAUGCUUCCAGACUCUUUGGAAGUUUCGAGAAUUGAACCGCGCGGCUCGGACCUGUGUUCUGUGCCCCCACCCCCGCCUUUUUUCUUUGUGGAGGUUCCUAACCUGCUGCUAAAGCACAAUAUUCCGGUGCUUUCUUUUCUCAUUUGUUCAAGACAGUGUCCAAAAGCCAUUCCGGAUGCCAGGACCAGGGGCCUAUUUCUGGGGAAGGUUGGUCAGUCCCCACAUUUUCCUCCCCGUCCCCCCUUAUUUUUAUUUUCUACUUUUUGCCUGAGACAAGCCAAGUGUGAGGUGGUUUGAUUUAAGAAAAAUCAAUGAAAUUGUUUACUAUUGUUUUAAAAUAAAAUCUUGAACUCUG